GCAAUAAAAAACGGGUCGUCUUAACUCCUCCAAGUAGCCACACCACACCUUCAAAGUUUUCUGAAAUCUACAAUCAGGAUUAACCGAUUCAGCUUCGGGAGAUUCUGACAACCUGAGCUUACAUAAAGAGGGACAAUAUGCAGGCAAGUGACAGGUUUAACAUCAACUCACAACUUGAGCAUCUGCAAGCCAAGUAUGUUGGAACCGGACAUGCAGACAUGAACAGAUUUGAAUGGGCUGUUAACAUCCAGCGAGACAGUUAUGCAUCUUAUGUUGGCCACUAUCCCAUGCUUGCUUAUUUUGCUUUGGCAGAAAAUGAAUCAAUUGGGAGAGAACGCUACAAUUUUAUGCAGAAAAUGUUGUUGCCGUGUGGACUUCCGCCAGAAAGAGAAGAAGAGUGAUGGCAUCAAGUUUUCCAUGCCGAUCUGGUUUCUCAAUGUUCACGAAUCCAUUAUGAAACUUUUGUAGUAUCAACUUUGAUGUGGCAGGAUAAACAACAUGUCAGUUCAUGGAAUUGAUAUUGUAUGCGUGUUACAUUUAAUUGAGGUUUAUUACUCCAUGUAUGCAGUCUUGUUUCAUGUAGAAAAAUACUGUUCUUUGUUUGCCAGUAAUUCUGUUAUGGGGUUGUUGAUUUGGUA